AUGAGUUCCUCGAUUUCCAACAUGAAUAUGGACACCGAUAUGGAAGUCAGCAAAGACAUCCAGAUGAAUACGAACUACCCCACGACACGCGAUCAGUCCUCGGCAUCUGCUGGUGGCAUGAGUCAAAAGAGAAUGAGCGAAGAGGUCUUCGGCAAUGAGCCGCUUUCGGAGCAAGUAAAUCAGAAGAAGAGAAGGCUCAUGAAUGGCAAAACCCCCAGUGAGUGUCAGAGCGCAGACUGAGCAUAUAUAACACUAAGCAAAGAAGGCUCCAAAACCAAAGUGUUCCGCCUCCUUGAUCUUCCAUGGGAUUUAGUCCACGAAAUCUUUGGCCAUCUCGAUGAAUAUGAAUCACUCAUGCUCGGCCUUGCGCAAAGAGAUCUCUACGAGAUAUCCACUGGACACUCCAUGGCCCUAUGGAACAACUAG